UAUAUGCUUUUCAAAUAGUAAAUUGUAUAUUGAAUUAUAAUUAUGUCUAAUAAUUGGCCGUUUUGCCUGUUUGAUUGAGAUAUAAGCAUUUUAAUUAUUGGCGACGUAACUACCGCCAGUGAUUGACAGUUCAAAAUGGCGGAAGAACUGAAAAUAAAUUUUGAAGAAUUUUAUGGAUGAAAUGUCUCAUUUUACAGUAUAAGAUUGCUAAGGCACAAGGUAAAGUCCAUGUGAUGAAUUCUUCUGCAGUUUUGAUCUUCCCCAUCAAAAGUUUAUGAUAUAAGGAAAAUAUUACCAAAACAACCAUGCCAAGCACAAUAUUUAGUUUUGCUGAGGUGGAUGUCAUCAAACUUGUAUCAGAAUUCCUUCAAAACAGGGACUUGAACAUUUCUAUGUUAUCACUUGAGCGUGAAACUGGGGUGAUAAAUGGAGUCUACUCAGAUGAUGUUUUGUUUCUCAGACAGUUAAUUCUUGAUGGACAGUGGGAUGAUGCUCUUGAGUUUAUUCAGCCACUUGGCAAGGCAGACAGCUUCAACUUGAAGCUGUUUAUGUACUUGAUUCUGAAGCAUAAAUAUCUAGAGUUACUAUGUUUGAAAGAGGAGACAGGAAACCAUGAGUUCACAGUUGACGAAGUUGUGACAUGCUUGAAUUCGCUAGAACAAUAUUGUCCUAAUAAGGAAGAUUACAGUAAUUUAUGCUUAUUAUUGACAUUGCCAAAACUUUCUGAGCACCAUGACUACCAAAAUUGGAACCCUAGCAAUGCAAGAGUACAAUGUUUUAAGGAUGUAUAUCCAUUGGUUGAAAUGUUAUUGAAUGACAGAAGAGCGGAACAUGCAGUUGCAGUAUCGAAAAAUGACAGGCUGAUUCAAUUAUUGAUCAAAGGAUUGUUAUAUGAAUCUUGUGUUGAGUUCUGUCAAAAUAAAGCAACAAGCUCGGAUUCAGAUUCCAGUAAACUACAAAUGUCAACUAUUUUGAAUGGAACUGGAUUUAGCGAUGCUGACAUGAGCUUGUUAUCCUGGCUCCAGAGUAUCCCGCAUGAUACAUUUGGAUGUCCAUUUGAACAAAAAAUGUUAAACAUUGACAUUAAACCACUAGAAAAACCUUCUCUUGACGCAUCCUGGUCAGAGCAAAUCUUGGUGACUCCCAUAAAGCCAAAGAUGUUUCCGCACAGUGCAGUUCCAACAUCAAGACCACGCUCUGCAGAGUACAUGUCUCGAUCUAUGAUCCCACAAUUUGAAGGUCUUGCCCAGGGUCUUUUACAAGGCAGGGCAGAUAUAUUCAACAGAUCAUCACCAAGCAGCAAUCCUCUUUCGCGAUCCUAUCAUAACGCCAGCUUUCAGUUAAAUCCUACUCACGCUCCACAGAAGCGUGACAUAAUGAGCACUUCUAUUGACAAACUUUUCCAAACAUCUGAGUAUAUAGAUACUCAGUGUAAUGUCUCGAGUGAAUUUGAAAACACUCCUCCUAAGCCAUAUCCAAAGAUGCCAACACAGUCUGUCACCCCACCCCAGAGUCCCAGAUCAAAACCUUCAGAGAAGUAUAACACAUCCCCUGAAAAGGGUUAUAACAAUGGAAAAUCGACACCAGUUCAAGCAAACACCCCACAAUCUUCCAUGAAGGAGAGCAUGCAUGAUUCAAGUGCUGAGCUGUUCAAAGAAUACCAGAAACAGAAGCUGAAACUCCAGGAACAGCUAGCGAUGCAAGAGAAACAACGUUUGGAGAUGCAGAAGCAACUUUUAGAGAUGGAGAUUCGAGAAAGAACCAGCAUCGAUGACACACAGUUGAAUAACAGUGCAGAAAUGUAUACAUCAUACAAUUCAAAUAUCAAACUUGACAACCAAGCCCAGACACACGCAUCUCCAACAUCAAUGCUUGAACAUUUAGAAAAAGGAGACUAUUUCCAAGACACCCUCGAUAAAAACUCCCCCGUCCUAAAUCCUACAGUGCCAACACAAUCAAAACACCUUGAUCUCACAUUCAGUCCUGCCAAUCUACCCAUCCAUGGGGUCAAGAAGCAUUCUGAGAAACACUCAGCUUUUGCAUCCCCCGUCCCUGGUUCUGACCCCCAAGAAAAAUUCUCUGAUUCACCAAACGCCAUAAAAAACCUUCAGAAAUCAUUUGAAGAUGUGGAGCAUGAAACGGAAAAUACUCAAGAAGUUGAACUGUGUUUAAAAGAUCUCAGUUCUGAUUUAAACAGAGCUAGUAAAGUAAAAUCGGGCAUUACUAUGAAGCCUGUAGGAGCGAGUCCUAAAGUGAUGCCUCGCAGAAAUCCUCUGUCUCUGACAGCAACGCCAGUGAAGAGUGAGGUAGAGAAUAGCAGUCUACAUAUGUCACACCUGGACAACACUAACAUACCUGAAGCAUCCUCACCAAGGGUCACAACUCCAAGGAAGAUCCAAUCUGGUGGGAAUCCCAAGUUUAAACCAGUGACGAGCCUCGAGGACAUGCAGGCGAUACGUGCUGUCACUUUUCACCCUGAGGGUCAUUUAUAUGCAGUCGGAUCCAACUCAAAGACACUCCGAGUCUGCAGCUUCCCUAAUGUCUCUAAUCUUAAGGAGGAUGAUGAGCCUACCCAGACAAACGUCAUAUUUAAACGCAACAAGCACCACAAGGGCUCCAUCUAUUGUCUUGGCUGGAACCCUGGUGGAGAUCUGAUCGCGACAGGGUCAAACGACAAAUCAAUCAAGAUUGUUCGCUUUAAUAGUGACACAGGAACUACAGUUGGUCCUGAUAUGGAGUUGAGCAUUCAUGAUGGGACUGUGAGGGACCUUGUCUUUAUGCAGGAUUCAAAUACAAAAGAAUCUCAGUCAUUGUUGAUCAGUGGAGGGGCAGGAGAUUGCAAGAUAUAUGUGACAGACUGUGCCACUGGAACCCCAAUCAGAGCUAUGGCAGGGCAUACAGGUCACAUCUAUGCACUUCACACUUGGGGAGGUUGUAUGUUUGUAAGUGGCUCUCAGGAUAAGACAGCAAGAUUCUGGGAUCUCCGGGCCUCCACAGCAGUCAACAUUGUUCCCAGUCCUAAACCAGGAAGUCCCUUUGCAUCUGUGAGUAUGGACAACUCUGGUCGUCUGUUUGCAUCAGGACAUGAGGAUGCAAAUGUCAUGUUGUUCGAUAUCCGUGGUAACAGAAUCAUCCAGACGUUCAAGCCUCACACCAGUGAUGUGCGCACUGUACGCUUCUCUAUGAAUGCUUAUUAUCUCCUUAGUGGUUCCUAUGACAAUAGCAUUGUUCUCACUGAUUUGCAUGGUGAUCUUAUGCGCCCCCUGCCCAGUGUUGCAGUGGCAGAACACAAGGAUAAGGUCAUCCAGUGUCGCUGGCACCCUUCACAGUUGGCCUUUGUCAGUACGAGUGCAGAUAGGAUGGCUACUUGUUGGGCUUUGCCUGUAGUUUGAUGCUGUACACAUCAUAUAAUGUAAAGUGAGAUUGUCACUCAAUGAUAGACAGUACAGUGAGAUCUAACUGAAUUAGAACAGGCAGUAAAAUGCAGAUGCCAUGUUUUACACAAAGAAGUGCUUUAAGGGGCAUUCUUUGUGUUGCAUGUGGUACUUUGUUUGACAAUAUACAUAUUGUACUUUUUGUGAAGAUGUACAAUAACACACUUAUAUACUUAUGUACAUGGACACACAUGAAAUAUACAGUAGAACCUAUUUAAACAGAACUGUACAUGCUGGAAAUAGCUGAAUAUGUGCACAUUUGUUCGCAUUUUGCUGGAAAAAUAGUAGAUUCAAAUAUGGAACUGAUUACAUGUUUACAUGACAUGUUCACCCCAUAGAGUUGUUCCCAUACAUUAGUUACACUGUACCCUACAGUAUA